CUCUUCUUCAGCACCGGGAACAGUGGGUCAGCCUGCAGAGCUCUUCCGGAGGCGGAUAAUCCCCAUCUCUGCGCGAAGUCCUCGUACAGUCAGGAAGGGAUCGCUGUAGCUCCCCUCGAGGGGAACACGUUUUGGGAUCAAAUGCAAGUUACGACGGGGGAAGCGCAGCUUUGAGGACAGCUUGGACGUGUAGAGAAAUGUCUGCGCACCUCUCCCUCUGGCUUAAUUGUGUAAACAACCAAAUCUGACACCGAUAAGCGGAUUCUCUAUAAUGUGACAGCUGCUGUCGCCUCUCAUCUAUUUCGGGAGCAACUACGGGCAGUAUCCCGCUUGCGUUUUUAUUAUUUCAGGACAAUGGUGGCACAUAACCUGGCCUUAACUUUCAUUGCAGCGGCUCUUUGGGGGGUCAGCGGCGAACUACUGCUCACUCCUUCAUCUGCGACGCACUUAAAUUCAACAUCAUCAUCAUCCGUCAUCAGUCAAGAUUCACUGACUAACAACGCCACGGAUGCUGCCGUGGGAUCCCGGAUUUCAUCUCUAAUGACGUAUCUUCCGACCCUGAAAAACAUUGUUAUUUUCAUCUGCGUGUUAACAGCUGCUCUCAUCACGUGCCUGGUCAUCAAAGUGGUCAGAUCUGGCAGAAGAAUCAGGAAGACGCGGAAGUAUGAUAUUAUCACUACACCUGCAGAGCGCGUCGAGAUGGCGCCUCUCAAUGAAGAAAACGAUGAUGAGGAUGACUCAACCCUUUUCGAUGUCAAAUACAGGUGAAUACCGGCGUGGACGUCAGCGUGUUUGAGCUGAUGACUCCCACUUGGCCUGGGACAAGUACAAGUGAUUUCCUGUACUUUUUUUUUUUUGGUGUGUGUGUUUCCAAGUCUUACCAUAUCAGCAACUUAAUGCUGUCUGUGCAUGGCUUGUAUCUGUGGUUAAUUAGUGUUUUGACAUCACUGUUCGCUGCUUUGCUAAAGCUUCUAUCACGUGAGCCAAAUAAUCUCACUGGUUAUUUCUAAUGUUAGAGAUAAGGAGGCUCCAAAAGUCUUUCAGGAAUUCUCGGUCUGGAGUUGAGUCAUUUCCAAAUCACUUUAUCACUCAGAAGUGAUGUUUUCUUUUUUUUUUUUAAUAUAUAUAUAUAUAUAUAAGAUAAAAGAUAUAUAUGAGUUUAUAAUCAGCGAAUGUCUGCUUUGAAGCCAUGUCUGUAAUCCAGGGUUAAUCACACUUUAAAUAACUAAAUAAAUACAUGGUGGUCACUACAGAUCAUCGCCUAAUGUGUAAAAUAUUCAUUUACCAAGAGUACUUUCUUCAACUGUAAAAUUUAAUUGAUAUUUUUUUAACCAAAACCAAAUAUUACCUAUAUGUACUAACCACUUCGUUGUGCGUAUAUACUGUUAAAUGCUUUCCGGUCAGGAGUGAGCGUACGCUAUAUAUAUUUUUUUACCGUGUGUUCUUUCAGACAUUCCUGUUUCGCUGCUAUCACAGCUGACAUUGACCUUUAAGGUUAUCAGAUUUGACUCGACGCGCAAAGACUGUUUGUACGAUAUUUAUGGAGUAUAUACCAGUUUGCUAUGAAUGUGAAUCUGCUGUUAUCGAGUGUGCUGAAACAUGCUUAAUCCUUAAAAAAGGAACCGCUGAGCAGGAUCGGCGCCGCGUGUGGAGACUGCGGUCAUGCCGCCACAGUGAUUAACAUGCGCCCAGUAUCUUAUUUUCAAGGCCAAGUUAAAGUUUGACUUUUCAGGGUCAAAGUCCAGUUACUCGCUUUAAAAAUAUCCCCAAAUUUGAUAUUCUUUAUACGAGCUAACAAAUUAAAGUCCCUCACUGUAAUAUCCACUAAUGGCUAACUGACUUCUUCUCAUAAAAGGCAAUUUUCCUGGGCUAUGAUUGUAUUAAAGGCCACUUUUGACAUUUGGGGAAAAGCGAUUGUUACUUUUUAUAAAUACUAAGCCACUAUAUUAAAAACUCAUAUUAAAAAAUUACGAUUAUCUAUCUAAAGUUUUAUUCAAAGUGAAUGAAAGGAAAAGCAGAGGAGAUCACAAGCCUCUCACGUCUCCGUCUGCCCAAUAACGAUAAUUACAUUGUUUGAGGAGCGAGGCAGAACAGACACAGAUGAGCUUUUCUGCAGCACACGGUCACGCGGCUGCCAUCUGUGACCUUCUCUUUUAAUCCAAACUGUUAUCUGAUAGUGCACCGUGGCCUGCAGGUGCAGCUGUUUCCAAAUGACCUCCAUCCCCGGUUUAAUAAGAAAAUAAAAAGAAAAGCGAUUGCCGUGACCAAACUUGAACAAUCAAUUUAUCAUUUUCUUUCCGGGAAAAAGAUUUUCUUUCUCUCCCCAAGCCUGUCUGACAUAAAGUGUUUGACAUUUUGGGUAAAACUGGAUGUGUUUAUUGUCUUGACAGAAUCAUUUAUUGAAUCAUAUGUGAAUAAAACUUGUAAACAUACUGUAUUUUUUUUUUUAAUAUGAUGUUCUGUAAUAUUCCUCAAGCUGGCUGCUGUUAUUUACUGUUUUCCACUUUUUCUCUUCUGUCCCGUGUCUUUAACUGUUUGUGCAGAAAGCUGCCGAUCAAUGUGUUUGUGCCUGCUCAGACAAAGAUACCAACCUUUGGCAAAGUUUUUUUUUUCUUUUUCUUGUCUGGAGUUGUGUGAAAUCAUGGAAAAACUUCACCGAAUCAUCUGCUGCAGAUGGUCGCUCUCGUAAAGAGAAAUUAAAGCUGUAGCGGUGAAACUAAUUUCCAUGAUUCCGCAUUUUACCCAAAAACAAAAAAGACAAAAAAAAUUACAAGUGGAACUGUUUUAAAAGUUUAUAGUAAACAAGCCCCUGCUUGGUUUCUGACACAGAUGUGCGUGUAGCCCUGUCUGUUUCCUCAGUUUCCAUUUAUUUGAAAAACCACUGAAAUAAACCCGCUUCCUUUGAAGUGUCAA